AACUGGAUUCGGGCUCAUCCCUGCCGAACGGCGUUUGUCCUCCUGAGUAUACUUGCAAUUGUCCUCGCCUCUAUCAUUGCCCCUCACGUGUUGGCAGCUAUUGGCUUCACUACUGUCGGUCCUGUUGCUGGCACUACCGCCGCAGCUAUACAGUCAGUCAUCUCACCCGUCGGCGCUGGCAGUGCCUUCGCCAUUCCACAGAGCGCUGCAAUGGGCGGUUACGGUCUCCCGAUUGUGGUUGGUUUCGCACAGGCGAUUGGUAUUGCUACUACUGGA